AUGUCACUGUCUCUGCACCCAUCAAAACAUUGGGGUUAUAAUAUUCCCUUAUGGGCUCAGGUUGUAGUCUAUCCCAUUUUGUUUGUCCUUGCCCUACUAUAUCAAGGAAAUAGCUACAAAACUACACUUCCAAAUAAAGAGAGGGAUACAAAACUAGGAAAUGAGGCAUUAAAAUUGCAGCCACUUCACUUGGAUGAUAAUUUAUUGCAUCUAAUCUUUGCACUAGCUAGUAGCAACAUUACAAUUUAUAAGGUUUUUUUCAUCCAAUUUUCAAGCCAUAAAUCGUUGAUGAACAAGAAUGGCGAAAAUGGAGAUAGCUCAGGAGGGAUAGACAAGAAAAGAGAGAAUGAGUUGGGUGGUAAAAAGGAAAAUCAGCGAAAAAACUUUAUAUCAAAAAAUUUUGAUAUAAAGUCUUCCACAAAAGCAAAAACGAAGAAAACAGACUCACACUGA